CACCAUUGCUCAGUACGGCUGCUCAUACGGAUACGACUACGAGGGUAUUCAUUCCAGCACUGCACUGAUUUCAGCCAUUACAUAGGCAACCUGUCUGGUAGCGGUAGCCGCGGAAAGCAUGGCGGACAAAAUCUACUCGGAGUAUCCCCCACCAUUGAGCCCAGAGCAGGAGGACUACCUGGUCCAAACGGUCAAGAAUUGGACUAUAGAGCAUGGUCUUUGCGUGAGACCUUCGACAGCAAUAGUGUCAGAAGAGGCAAACCCGAAAAAUGUUUUGGCCACAAAUGCACCCGUCACACUAUUCCCAAGUCCAUUCCCGAAGUCCUGCUUCGAACAAGCUCGAAGUCUCCAGCAGGUCUACAACGAGCUUUAUGCUGCCAUUGCCAGCGACGAACAAUGGCUCGAAGAAAUCAUGAAGGAGCUGAUAGAAGUUGAUGACUUUCUCGCCAACCUCUGGAAGAUCCAUCUCUCCGUCAAAGAAGAAGGAUACGUACAAGACCUCACGCUUGGCAUGUUUCGCUCCGACUACAUGCUGCAUACCCCAGAAGACAGCCCUCCAUCGCUCAAGCAAGUCGAAUUCAACACCAUCUCCUCAUCUUUCGGAGGUCUCGCUUGCCUCGUCGCAGAAAUGCAUACUCACCUUGCCACGUUCCCCAGCCCUGAACACCCCGCCGCAUACCCGUCGCAUCCAUUGUUCGGCGACUCCAACGAUACCAGCUCAAUCAAAUCCAAGGGACACCCACCUCAUAAUACCGCAGUGCCGACAUUAACAGCCAGCCUGGCCGCUGCUCACGCAGCGUACGGCCCCUCCAGAUCCCAACCACAACUACCGACCUGCAUCCUAUUUCUCGUCCAGGACACCGAGCGUAACGUUUUUGACCAAUUGGCUCUCUCCACCCACUUAUACGACCAUCACAAGAUCCCCUCUUUCCGCCUCCCAGCAAGUAGAAUGCUCGCCUACACAUCCAUCCCCUCGAAAGAGUCAAACCCGUCACGACCCUUAAUCUACACACCGCCAUACUCCUCAUCGACCCAGUAUGAAGUAACAGUUGUCUAUUUCCGCGCCCUCUACACACCCACAGACUACGAUACCCCUACCUCGUGGGCAGCAAGACACCACCUCGAGCGCAGCGCAGCCAUAAAAUGCCCCAGCGUCCUCCUCCAACUUUCGGGCUCCAAGAAGGUUCAACAAGUCCUCACCGCACGACCUCCUGACACCGACCAUCUGAAAGCCUUCCUCCCACACCAUUCUGACGAAAAACUGGAAAGUAUGCGCACGACGUUCGCGCCGCAAUAUUCCCUCUCGACGACCAAUACGGCUGACGAGCCUGAGGGGAUCCGCCUGGCACUAGAUGAAAAGACAGCCGCAAACCACGUUCUCAAGCCGCAGCGCGAAGGCGGUGGGAACAACAUUUACCGCACCAAUAUCCCGCCCUUCUUGAGUUCAAUUCCCAAAGAACAAUGGAAGCAGUACAUCCUGAUGGAAUUGAUCCAUCCGCCCACCGAAGCCAAGAACACGGCAUUACGAAGUGACGGUCAGGUCGCUAGUGGGAACGUCAUUUCCGAGUUAGGUAUAUUCGGCACAUGCUUGUGGAAGAACACCUCCGGCAGCACGAAGCCGGAGAUCCUGCAUAACACGGAGGGCGGCUACCUGCUGCGCACGAAGGGGAAAGAGAGCGACGAGGGCGGCGUCGCCGCAGGAUUCAGCUCCUUAGACAGUGUCAUCUUGUACGAAUAGACCCACCAUGAACAGUCCACGGAAUUGUAUAGAAGUGGAAUAAGUUAGCUCUGAUCGCUUUACUUCUGAAAUGAAAUAUGUCCUCUUGAUCAUGCUG